CAGCGCUAACGUACGCCAGUGCAAUGCUGGGAGUGCCUUCGAGUUUACAUUGCACCGACAAAUACCUGGGAUAAUCUACUCUUGAAAGUCCGAGUAAAGUUCUUUAAGAAAGACAAAAAACUCAACGAUACGAUCACUCGUAUAUUUGUUCUAAAGGCUGCUCUUGUCAGUUAAAUAUUUAUCUUCUUGGCCUUUUGCGAACUCAGACUCCUCGGGCUAACCAAUGGACCUUGGGCCGAGAAGAAGUCGAAAACGCUGGAAAGAGUUGUUAUUGUGAAUAGCUGGCUAGCUAGCUAGCAGCUAAUCCCAUCCGUCAAAACAAGAGGUUACGUCGUUUUUGACAAUGAUACCGGGGUAAGAAAACUGCAGUCAAAAUGUCACACGGUAGUCAGUGAUUUUCUUAUCGGUGUUGCCCAACUUGGUAGCGGUGUAGCUAGCUAGAUUGCUGCAUAACUAUUGCUAGGAAUAUUGCUUACUCGGUAUCACGCAAGCCGGAUAGCUAACUGGCGAGUUUAAGUUUCCUGUACGUCUGGGCAUAUUUGACUGGUCAGUUACCUUGCUUUUCAGCCUGACGGGCACAUAGCUGAGUAGCUAGUCUACACUUGUUGGCUAACGCUAGCUACCUAGAUCUGAUUAGCCACAGAGUUGCGAAUGGUUGUCCUAGUAGUAACACGAUGUGAAGUUAGCCUUUUACUUUGAGCUCAAGAUGCGAAUAAAGUACAAAAUCUGAUAACAGCAAGCGAUUGUUAGCUAACAGCACAGUUAGCUAUCCAGCUUGUUAAGUUCCAUUUGGCUGGCUAGCUAAAGCAAGCUACUGUAUUUUAGUAACUUUAGGUGGUUGACCAGACCGCUAUCCUAUCAGCUAAUGUCGGUUGAUCAUGACUGAGCAGUGACGUAGAGCACCAAAGAUUAUUUUAUAUGUGUUUAUUAGCUGGCUAGCUUGCUACCUGUAUUCAGCCAGCUGACAGUAAAACCACUCCUCCGUGUUUGACCCACCAUCUUUGUAUCUAUGAAAAAACGAAUGGUUGGCAGUGUUAAAUAGUUGCACUAAGUUGGCAUGUUUUAUGACUUCGGUGCAGUCAGUAAGAUUAUGGCCUUAGCUAGAUGUUUGAAUGGAGUCCUCAGCCACGUAGUAGUCAGCAUAUGAUUUUUUUUAGCCGACCGUAGUUAUACCUAUUUGGUUUUGCAUCGAUUAUCGAUAUUUGGUUGGAUGAAGUCAACCUUUGGACUCUGGAUGUUGGCCAUCAGUGAAGCGCCGGCUCUGUUAUUUUCAAUUGCCCCUUCCGGCAUUGUUGAUUGGACCAGUGGAGAACACUUGCAGCGUAGCAGCCGAAACUAGUGCCAUUACAGCGUGUUCUGGAGCCGCAAAAUUAAAGAUGAAUCGCUACCUGCCCGUUGCCCGACAACACUUCCUUGCCGCGCUGGCUAGCACUAGCGUGGUGGUGAAGUCCAUCUGUGCCGCUGUCCUCCUUCUGUAUCUACUCUCCUGGGCAGUGGACACUGUGUAUGUUUUGGGGGUGACACCCGGCUACCUCUUUCCCCCCAACUUCUGGAUCUGGACCCUGGUGACCCAUGCGGUUGUGGAGCAGCACUUGGUGGACGUGGCGGUCAGCGUCGGAACUGUGAUCGCCGCCGGCCGGCUACUGGAACCCCUGUGGGGGGCGCUGGAGCUCCUCAUCUUCUUCGCCGUGGUGAACGUCUCCGUGGGCCUCCUGGCAGGCUUCUCCUACCUGCUCACCUACGUGGCCACCUUCAAUCUGGACUACCUGUUCGCCGUGCGCGUCCACGGCAUGCUGGGCUUCCUGGGUGGCGUGCUGGUGGCCCUCAAGCAGACGAUGGGGGACAUGACGGUGCUGCGCGUCCCCCAGGUCAGGCUCAAGGUGGCGCCCAUGCUGGUCCUGCUGGCGCUGGCCGUGCUCCGCCUCACCACCCUGCUGGAGAGCACGGCGCCGCUGGCCGCGUACGGCUACGGCGUGCUCUCGGGCUGGGUCUACCUGCGCUUCUACCAGAAGCACAGCCGCGGGCGGGGCGACAUGUCGGACCACUUCGCCUUCGCCUCCUUCUUCCCGGAGAUCCUCCAGCCGGUGGUGGGCCUGGUGGCUGGCCUGGUGCACAGCGUCCUGGUGAAGAUCAAAGUGUGCCGCAAGAUGGUGAAGCGGUAUGACGUGGGGGCCCCCUCCUCCAUCACCAUCAGCUUGCCGGGCACCGACCCCCAGGACGCGGAGAGGAGGAGGCAACUGGCCCUGAAGGCCCUGAAUGAGCGGCUCAAGAGAGUGGAGGACCAGUCGGCCUGGCCCAGCAUGGAGGAUGAAGAGGACGAGGAUGAAGACGAGGUCCGAACCGACGUCCCACUCCUGUCAGGACGGGAGGCGACAUCACCAGCAGGAGGUGCCAGCUCCUCCAAGAGUCCCGCAGGACAAGAGUCCAGUAUCAUCAGCUUUGAGGAUGCCCCCUCCAACUCCUAACACACACAUACACAGCGGACUGAGCCUGUCCCAGCAUACUGUAACGCCCCCCAUGCCAACACAUGCAUAUACAUGAGCACAUUCAGUGUUUCACAGGACAGCUUCAAGGAUGCUCCCUCUAACAUAUAACACUCAAACGCACACACACACACACAGGGGAGAAGACACAGCGCUCCCCGUAUACACACCUGUAUUCUCUCUCACAUUCACCCUGGCUGUCAAGUGGUAAAGAGGGACAGACUCUCCCAUUGGGUUUGGUUUGGACAAUAAGCCAGCAAAUACAAAAUAUACAGAAGUCAGUGACUUCUCCCUCUUGCUCUGUCUGUGGGCGUCAUGUUUCUGUGUUUGUGAGGGUGUGAGCACGAAACAGGCAUCCGUCACAUAAAUAGACAGUUUGGUGGAGGUGUAUGUCUCAGUUUCUCUCAGCGAGCAGUCGGCUUCUUACAGAUCUACCACUGGACAGUUGCUCUAAAGAGCACCCCUGUAAUUCCGUGGCUAAAUACCAUACUCUGCAUCUUGUUGCCGUACAAAAGUAGGUUUCAGCUGAAUAACAGCCGUUUUGUAGGUCACCCUUUCGUGCUGGUGGUUAGUCCUGGUUGCGUCCUUUUUGUAAAUCUUGUUCUACUUCAUGGGGAAAAAAAGUGUAGAUUUUAGACUUGCCUGCAGAACAGCCUCCAUACUCCUUUUUCGGCUUAUUUGUUUGAUCACAUAGAAAUCUUGUUUGUUCCUAUUAAUAAAUUUUUCCAACAUGUGGAAUAUAUGAUUUAGCUUCGGUCCCCCCUCUUUUCCUGUGCUGUUUUUUUUCCUUUUUGGUUCCCUUCUCUCAGAGGUGUUUAUUUGCAUACUCCGGACCUCUGGAAAAGCAUAGCCAUAACAAGCAGAAGGGGCCUGUCAUUUUCUUCGCAUUCAUGUGGUUUGUCGGGAACAUCGUUCCAACGACCAGCAGCUGUAAGUUCGUAGAAAAUGGCUUUAGGUGCCUGCCCCAGCCCGCCAUCAGUUGUGUGUAUAAUUGAGUCGCAGGUAUUGACAGAGUUCCCAGUGUGUUCAGGAAGGUACCCAUGGAGUUCCCUCGUCGCCAGAACACUGAAGGGCAACUGGGGUUUAUCAUUUAUCGAGUCUUUGACACCUUCCUAGAAACUCAGACUCUCUACACAGCAGCUCUUUGUCUUUGGAUGUGUAGAGAACCUUCAGCUAAGAAAAGCGCUCCUUUUAACUCACAUACUGUAUGAAUAGAGAAAUACAAUGCUGAUGUACAGUUUGUGCAGUUAUUAGAAAUGUGGUUGAUCAAUGAUGUCAUACAGUUCUUUUUGCUUGUGAAGAUUGACACUUCUGGACAUAGGGUGGGGGGUGAGGGGUAUGUAUCCUCUUCUCUGACUCAGUUUUCAAUGAUAAUGUGUUUCUCUCUUCUGUGGCCAUUGCACAGGCACCAUCCCUAAACUACAUUUUUUCUUUCUAUAUAUAUAUGGAU